AUAGAAUACGACUAUUUAGUUAUACUCGUAAAAUUUCCAACAAACCUAGAAAUAGUGGGAAUAGUUCUAGUAUUAAAGUGUCUAUGCUUUUAAUUUAUUAUCAUAUUUACAGGUGAUGGGUGGCUCCAGUACUAUCAAUUACAUGAUGUACGUUCGUGGUAAUCGAAGAGAUUACGACGAAUGGGCAGAGAAAGGAAAUCGUGGUUGGAGCUACGAAGAAGUUCUGCCAUAUUUUCUGAAAUCAGAAAACAACAUGGACCCAGAGAUAGUGGAAGAGAAUCCACUCUACCACAAGCAACAUGGUUACCAGUCGGUACAACAAUUUCCAUAUAUUGAUACCAACAUUGCCAUCUUGCUAAAUGCAUGGCAAGAACUCGGUUACAAAGUCGUAGAUGUCAAUGCAAAAAACCAAUUAGGUGUGAUGAAUCUACAAACAACUUCCGCUAAUGGGACACGCCAAAGCACAAACAGCGCAUUCAUACGACCCAUCAGACGUAGACGCAGGAAUCUAACUGUCAAAAAUGAAACAUACGUCACGAAAUUGCUUGUAGACCAAGAAAAGAAACGUGUAAUAGGCAUCGAAUAUGCUUCAGGAAACAACCAAACUAAAUUAAACACGGUUUUUGCUAAAAAGGAAGUGAUUGUCUCAGCUGGAUCUAUUAAUUCUCCUAAAAUCCUUAUGCUCUCUGGAAUUGGACCAGAAGAAGAAUUAGAGAAACAUGGUAUUCAAGUAAUUAGUAAUUUAUCAGUUGGAAGGAAUGUUCAAGACCAUUCAGGAAUGUAUGGUCCAGUAGCUGCAUUAAAUGUUACUUCCACGAGCAAAAAUAUCUCUCUGAUUGAAGACAUUUCCACUUAUGAGCAGACACAUAGAGGACCUUUAUCUGCAAUUAGUACUACUAGUAUCGGUGCUUUCUUGCAAACAAUGUUCCAACAUGAGAAUGGCGUGCCUGAUAUACAAGUUUAUUUCCUUCCAACUAGUCGUGAAGAUUUUUUAAAUAAUCCAGAUGAAUGUUUUGAUGCAGUUGUCGAACCAGUAUGUUAUUACGACGCUAUAUCUAUUAUUCCAGUUUUAUUGUCACCUGAAAGCAGAGGGUUUAUAUUGUUGAAUGAGAGCGAUCCUGUAUGGGCACCACCUUUAAUUUACCCUGGAUAUUUUAGCAACAGUAGUGAUUUGGACGUGCUAGCAGAAGGGGUCGAAAUAGCUUUAAAACUGUUUGAUACAGAGUCAUUUAAGAAGAAUGAUUUCACAUUGAUAAAAAAACCUUUGCCUGCUUGUAGACAGUUCAAAUUUGGUGAAAGAGAUUAUUGGAAGUGUAUGGGACCAAAAUCGGACCCUCAGGCUGUGGUCGAUGAGAGGUUAAAGGUUUAUGGAGUUGAUCGUUUGAGAGUCGUGGAUUCUUCGAUUAUGCCGAAAAUUUCUAGAGGUAAUACGAAUGCUCCUACUAUUAUGAUCGCGGAGAAAGCUAGUGAUAUGAUUAAGGAGGAAUGGUUGUCUAGCGGCAUUUGA